CCUCUCUCCAGCUUCUGUCCAUCCUGCAGACGUUGUUGGUGCUGGGCCCGAACCGCUCCGAUAUCUGGCUGGCCCUGGAGGCCAUCACUAACAGAGCCGUACUGCUGGCCCAGGACUAUGGAGUCAUGUGAGAAAAUCAUGCAUCGGCUGUUGUUCUCCAAACGCAGGAGCUACGAAGGUCAUCACGAAGUGGACGGGCUGAUAGUCAGAGCAGAUAAGGCUGUGCAGACUGAUCUGGACAAAGAUACAACGGACCAAAGCGCAGCGUCCUCCCAGAAGUCACUCUGUGCCUCUCCUCCACCCCCACCCCCACCACCUCCUCUACCCCCCAGCAUAGCUGGGCCCCCACCACCUCCUCCUCCUCCACCACCUCCACUACCUGGAGGCUUUGGUGGACCUCCACCACCUCCUCCCCUACCUGGCGUGCCAUGUCCUCCACCACCACCGCCACCACCUCUGCCCGGCGGUCCGGGCAUUCCUCCUCCACCCCCGCUACCUGGAGAUUUUGGCGGACCACCACCACCACCUCCCUUACCCGGCAUGCCACCUCCACCUCCUCCUCCCCCAGGCAUGAUAGUGGCUCAGAGUAGCCAGUCCCUGGGGUGCAGUGCACCCCCAAAUACAAACCGAUGUCCCACCCUGAGAAUGAAAAAGCUCAACUGGCAGAAAGUCCGUGCCGUGACGGAUGGUCACUCCAUGUGGGCCUCGGUUCAGAAAGAGCCUCCUCCUCGGGAGCCGGACUACAGCAGUAUCGAGCAGCUGUUCUGUCUCCCAGUGACCGAGCACAAAGACAAGGGGGCAGCUGCUCCUGUCAAGAAGGAGCCUAAAGAGAUUACAUUCAUUGAUCCAAAGAAAAACUUGAAUCUGAACAUAUUUCUGAAGCAGUUCAAAUGCACCAAUGAGGACUUUGUUGCCAUGAUUCAAAAUGGGGACCGAAGUAGGUUUGAUGUAGAGGUUCUAAAACAGCUUCUGAAGCUCCUACCAGAGAAGCAUGAGAUUGAAAAUUUAAAGUCUUUCCAAGGCGAAAAAGACAAGUUGGCGAAUGUUGACCGCUUCUACACCUCUCUGCUCACAGUGUCAUGUUAUCAGUUGAGGAUUGAAUGCAUGUUGCUGUGUGAGGAGACUUCAUCAGUGCUCGACAUGCUCAAACCCAAAGUCAAGCUCAUAGAGGAGGCCUGCCAGUCUGUCAGAGCGAGCGAGCUCAUGCCCAGUUUCUGCAGGCUCAUCCUCGACGUGGGAAAUUUUCUGAACUACGGAAGUCACACAGGGAACGCGCAGGGGUUCAAAAUCAGCUCUCUGCUCAAGCUCACAGAGACCAAGGCUAACAAGAGCCGCAUAACGCUGCUUCAUCACAUCCUGGAGGAAGCAGAGGUGAACCACCCAGAGCUGUUGGCCCUGCCGGACGAUAUAGAGAUUUGUGAAAAAGCAGCAGGAGUUAAUCUGGACUCUGUUCAGUCAGAAGCCAGUGCCUUACUGAAACGACUGAAUGAUACAGCCAAGAAAGUCUCCAACUCCGUGGAGGAGGUGAAGGAGCAAUACGAAAAAGUUCUGGAGGGAAGUCUGGAGGCGUGUCAAGCUUUAAGCAAAAGGUUCACUGAGAUUGACAAGCAGAGGAGUGAGCUGGCUGUCUACUUGUGUGAGGAUGCUAAUCAGCUGUCACUGGAGGAACUCUUUGGAACCAUGAAGACUUUCCGACAACUUUUCAUCAAGGCACUGAAGGAAAACAAAAUGAGGAAAGAGCAGGCAGCUAAGGCUGAGAAGAGGAAGAAGCAGCUGGCAGAAGAAGAAUCCAAGAGACAGAAGGGAGAGAAUGGAAAAAUAAUCAAGAAAGGGGCUCUGCCACAGAACGACGGCUGCAUCAUUGACCACCUCCUAGCAGAUAUCAGGAAAGGUUUCAGCCUAAGAAAGACCAGGCCCAGGUGCGAUUCGGAAAGCCUCCCUUCUAGUGAAAAGCAUAGAGAUACCUGCCCGCCUGGAUCAAGUGUGAAGCCUGUAGACGAAGAAGCCGCAGAAGCAGCCACCAUUUCCGCUCCCACCAAACCUCAGACAGAGGGUCGCCAGGCCAGCGCAGGCGAAGUGAACGGUUUCAUCAGCCUGUCAGAAGAGGCUCCGCCAGUGCCACAGAGUGCAGUGACAGACGGGCCAGCUGCACCUCCCAGCACACCCCCAGGAGAGCCAGCCAUAACGACGCAGGCACCCCCAGAAAGACCUGCGUCGCUGCAGAAGCACCCGGAGAAUCCUGCAGCCCCAUGCCCAGAUGCGACACCACCUCAGCCUCAGGUUGAAGGGGAACAUCAGCCAUGUCCCACUACGAAUGGUUUUUCGUUAGAUUCGACCGAGACCAGCGUCCUCACCCCAUCCUCCUUCUCAGAUUCUGACCUGCUAGAGGCCAUGUUAGAUGGCACUUCCAGCCUGGAACCUGAGAAGCUGAUGCCUGAGCAACCGGUGGACAUUAGUGUGAAUGUUGAGAUCAAGGAAUGUCCUUUACCUAACACAGACAUUAAUGUGACACAGAGCAGGGAAAGCAAUAUAGUGGGAGAUGGGAAAGGUGAAACUAGUGAUAAAAUAAGCCAUUUAGCAGAGACUGUAGGACAGGAGAAGGGUGGAGAAGAGCGAGAACCCAUUACUGCAAGAACAUGCGGCAAAGACGAGGUCGUCAGUCACAUCGAGCAUUCGGACCCUAAAAGCAAAGUGAUCGCACUCGGCGAGGCCAUCGAGGGAUGUGACGUCAUAGAUGGACUGGAACCAGAAGAUCUGCCAUCAGCAUCCGAAGCACUGCCUCCACCCCUAAAGCCCGAACUAAAGAAACAACAGAGCUUCUUUAAACGAAAUAAAAAGAAGAGUAACCAAGGUAACCUAUCCACUCACUUCAAUAAACAGCAUGUUUGGAAUGCUAGUCUUUUGACGUGUCUUAAAGGGAAAUCUUUAUUCGUUUUGUUUUUAUUGCAUUUUGCGUUUUAUAUUUUAUGUAUAGGCUAUUUUAGCGUAUGUUCUUAAGUGUUUUGCAUGAUUACAUGCUUCUUCUUUUUUAAAUUAAAGAGUAUGGAUGCAGUGUUGUAGCACUUGAUUUGCAGAUUUAAUACUGAAUGGAUUUCAAUCUAUGGUCAGCUUUUUUUUGAAUGCUCUGUUUUCCAUUUUUGACUCUCUGAAACACAAGGUAACAGUGGGAAAGGACACACUAAACAUAAAAAAGGCUGUGUGUUGCAGUGAGGUGAGUCCAGAAAAAGGAAAUCAAGAGGGAAAAGAAAAUGUUGAUGGAGCUGUGAACUGGAAGGACUGCAGUAUAUUUUAUUUCAUUUUGUGAGACUACAUGAAUAUCGACUCCUUCGAAGGGGAGGGGGGGGGGGGGGAUGCAGAAGUCUUCCUCUUGCAAUGAUUUGUGUUUUCCAGACCAAGAAGAGCAAAAACAUCUCAGGCUGGGAUUAUCACAGCAUGGAUGUAAACAGUCACUUUAUGUAAAUGAAUUGUAGUUUUUUGUGUAUAUGAAGUGGUUUUGAUUCAGAACUAUUCUAAAAAACAAAAAAAGUUGAAUAUUGCUUUGUAUGUUUUGUAUCGUUGUUAUAUGCAUUGGAUGUGUUUUUGUUAUCAUGAGCUCCAUUUGCAUUUCAGCACCUUUAGAGAGAAAGAUGCAGUGUUUGGUGCAAGAUAUUUAAUGUAACACAUCAAAAUCAAAUCGCUCUGAAUAAUGUCUUAAUUUCUUUAUAUAUUAUUCAAAUGAUCUCUAACGGGAAGUAUAAGGAAAGCCUGUGAUGGAUUGUAACUUUUAAUGUGAGGUAUAUUUUAAUAAAAAUGAAUUUACUGUC